GUCUUCGAGAUGUCAAUCGAAGAGAGUGUGAAAGCCUACCUCAGGGAGGAGCUGUUCCCAACCUACGAUCCCAGUUUCGUUAGUGCAGCGGUCACCGAUCGGAUGGCAUCCUGGCGAACGCUUGAGAAGGAGAAGCAGACGCGAGGUGACGCAGAGGUUCCCCCACCCGGAGAUCCGCCGACCGAUCCGGCCACACUCCUGGCGGAAUAUGGCGAGCCUGGUCCAGGUGGAGUUCCCACAGUGGAUGCAGAAGGCAAACCGCUCGACAAGAAGAAGCUUGCUGCUCUGAAGAAGGAUCUUGCUCUGCUUCAGAAGCCGUGGGACAAGUGGCAGAAGGACAAAAAGAAGUAUGAGGCCUACUUGUUGUCCAACAUUCGGAAGCAAUGCCUCGAGAAGUACGCGGAAGUCCAGUACACUGAAGAGGUGGAGCACCUUCGACCUUUGUCGCCUACUUCCCGGACACCGCUGGUUGUGGUGGUUGAGGAGGUUCCAGAAGACCCGAACAGGGCAGUCUGGUCCGAUGAGAUUGAGCAGGUCAGCGGUCAGCGCUUGGAUCCCAAAGUUCGCAAGGACAAGAAUGUGUCCAAAAAGCUCAAAGGCCUGGAGGACAGAUGCUUCAAGUCUGCAAAUGUGCAUGACCCUCUCCUUAACAAGCUGAUGGCACUAAGCGACGAUCAGCAGAUUUGGGAAGGUGUGAAGAUCCAAGUCUCCAAGAAGAGUGCCAAGAUGAAGGCACCUAAGGAGCCAAAGGAGCCCAAAGGCCUGGUUGAUCCAGCAGAGCAUUUCAAAUCCGGCAAGCAUGAUGGGAAGUUUGGCGCCUUCGACGACAAGGGAGUACCAACCCAGACGGCUGAUGGCACUGAAAUUCCUGAUAAGAAGCUGAAGGGUUUGCAGAAGGAGUACAACACGGUCAAGGACAAGUGGGACAAGUACCAGGAGGCCCUGGCGAAGUACAAUCGGGAUCUGGCAAAGUACGAGAGGUGGAAGGAGGGGGGGGACGAGGAGACCAGUGCCUCAGGGGUCCCGGAGGCCCAGCGCAGCGCCGCCUGCGAGACUGCGGCUUUGGAGGUCCUCCGUCGCCUGGUGGACCGGGCCGUUUCAGAGCAUGCAGAGGAACUGGCCUUGGAGGUGAACAAGGGAAGCCACGACCCAGCAGAGCUCGCGUCACUGAUGGUCAAGGUGGUCCUGGAGCAUGAGGACAAGACCACGGACCCUGUGCUCAAGGUGCUGAAGACCGUGGACAAGAAGAAGCGGAGCGGGAUGACAGAAGUCGGUGAGCUGCCUGAGGUCUUUAGGCUCCUAAAGGAGGACGAGCUUCAGGUGGGCACACACGUGUGUUUCGGAGAUAUCACCGAGGAGGAGAUCAGCUUCAUAUCCUCCAGCCUGCAGGACUCCAGCCUUGUGCGGGAUGGCCAGAUUCCACACGAGGACCUCAAGACUUUCAUUGAGGGGCAAAACUUGCAGCCUGCUACGGACGGGAAGCCAUCAUCCUUGGCUGGUACCUUAGUGGCCAUGCGCCUGGAAAGUUGGAAGAAGGCCUCCAGCGUUGAGAAGCUGAUGAGCCCCCGAGCUUGGCGGCUCCAACUCUCCGGCGGAAGUCUCCCUCUCGGCGUGGAGGCACCUCAGGAAGAGGCCCCCGAGGAGACGAACGAGGCGCCAGAGCCUGCACCCGCCGCUGACGAAAAGGGGGGCAAGGAGAAGGAUAAGGAGGCUGCGUCGCUGCAAGAACUCAUUGCAGACUUGACGUUGUCUCGGGCAGGGAUUCUGAAGGCGAUGGCCUUCUGCGUGGACAAGUCCAUGUCCUCGCUGGCUAUUGCACAGCGGAUAUGUGCAAGCAUCACGGAGGAGCAGCCUGGAUUGACGACCCAGCAGCUCGUCGCGCGGCUUUUUCUUCUCAACGACGUCCUUUACAAUUCUCACUGCACGAAGCCAGGGGCUUCGCAAUACCGUCGACAAUUUCAGGAGCUGCUACCGGAUGUGCUCGAGCGGAUUAGAGAGGUGUGUGACAGCAUCUCUACGAUCGCGUCGAGUGCACUUCACGACAGGGCUCUGAAGCUCGUGGAAAAUUGGUCGGAAUGGGCGCUGUUCCCUCCGCGCUUCACGAAGGGCCUGGAGGCUGUCCUCUGCGGCAAGGCAGACACGGCCGGAGAACAGGUCUCCAGCUCAGCUCCGCCCGCGGUGCAGCAAGCGCAGCAGCAGUGGCUGGGUAUGGCGGACCUGGCAACGCUUGAGCGGGCUUGCAGGCAACGUGGCUUGUCCAUCAAAGGCAAUCGGCAGCGUAUGGUCGAACGGCUGUGCCUCUUUGAGGCAUACUGGCCACCGGACAUUGGGCAGAGUAUGGAGCCAAAGCUUCCGAAGGACUUGGGUCGGGACGGGAAGAUUGAGCCUGGGCUGGAUGGAGAUGCCGCGGACGAUGUUGGGGAGGAGUUCAGGUGGCCCACACAUGAGCUCACCGUCCCGCUCUUCCCACAGGGGCCUCCGCCAACAGCGUCAAUCAACAAUCUGGGCGUGAUGCCUGACCCAAAGCGAGCAAAGAGAGAUAAGGAGGCAAAGAAGGACAAGAAAGAUCAGAAGAAGGAUCAGGCAAAAGAAGCAGACAAGAGCAACAAGGAAACGGCGAAGCCUUCCAAGGAGCCCGGCAGAAAGGAGCCAAAGCAAGCCAAAGAAGCGAAGGCUCCAAAGGAAGAGCCGCAGACAACCGAUAAGGCAAAGUCGCCGGAAGAGGUCCGGCGCGAGAAGCUUCGACAAGUUGAGGCAGAGGUGGAGCGGUAUCGCCAGCAGCUGGAGAAGCAGCGCUACGACUCGGAGGUGGUGCAGAUGAAGUGCGACCGCCGGCGAAUGGAGCUUCUUGAGGCUGCAGCGCACGAG